AUGGCGGAGGCGCCCGGCCGCCAGGCAAUGGGAUACAUCUUGGGCAAGGCCGAGGGCGAGGGCACCAGCUGGCACGGCCACGUCACGGCGGUGACGGUCGCGCCCGACUUCAGGAAGCAGGGGCUGGCGCGGCGGCUGAUGUGGAUCCUCGAGGAAGUCACCGAGAAGGUGCACGACGCGUACUUUGUCGACCUGUUUGUCAGGGUGUCCAACCAGGUCGCGAUAAAAAUGUACCAAGGGUUUGGGUACAGCGUGUACAGAAAAGUGCUAGGGUACUACUCAGGCGACGAGGACGCCUAUGACAUGCGCAAGGCGAUGCCGCGCGACACGCUGCGGCAGUCUGUGGUGCCGCUUAAACGCGACGUCCACCCACACGAGCUGGAGUUUGACUGA